AUGCUGAAGGCACACGAAAAUAUGCAUUUAGGGAUGAAUAUUUCAAAUGCAUUACAACAACUAGAAAGCGUCAAAAUAGCUGUGGAUACGAGCGAUGAUCCAAAGUUAAAGGCUGCAACAAAUGAUGAUUUAAAUAUGCUUAUUAAUUUGCUUGAGAAUCCAAUAUUAAGAAGCAUAGUAACACUACAGGAUUCUGUGGCCAUGCUCACUACUCAGGUUGCGCAUCAUCCUUCUAUUAUUCCAGAUGACUUUGAUAUAACACCUGCAGGUGACCUUGCUUUACAAACAAGAAAUUUUUUUGGAAUACAUGAAGGAGAUGAAGAACAAAGAGUUCCACAGGUUUCGCCACCGCAAAGCCUUGAAUUUGGUUUAUCUGGGGAGACCGAAAGAAUAUUAGGAAUUGAUACAGGAUCUGUUGAAUCACCAAAACAGACAAGAAGUAUUUUGGAAAUAGCUAGAAACGAUGAGUCACUGGCGUCUGCAAAUAGUAUUGUCAUUGGAGAUUGGGCACAGGUUGAGAUAAUAAAUUUGGUCAAUGAUGGCACUGGUCUCGGAUUUGGUAUAAUUGGCGCCAGAACCAGUGGUGUUAUUGUGAAAACUAUUCUUGCUGGUGGCGUCGCUGAUCGUGAUGGAAGAUUAAAGUCGGGUGAUCAUAUAUUGCAAAUUGGAGAUGUAAGCCUCAUGGAAAUGGGGUCAGAGCAAGUGGCAGGCGUGCUCCGGGCAUCGGGUUCUCGUGUCCGGUUGGUAGUGGCUCGUGGGGUAGACCCGGCGGCCUUGCACCCAUCAACUGCACCUGUCGUGCCGGCUAGACUCCUGUCAAGCCCUGAAGCUCUGGACCGCUAUCUCAUGGAAGCUGGUUUCGAGCAAGUAUUCCACACACAGCCGACACCACUUCCAGUCAACUCGGCUUCAACAAGAUUUGUCUUCGAUAAGUCCAUCACUCCGCCCCCAGAAAGCGACGCAGAGUCACCUGAAGUAGAUAGGUUUACCGUGCAACUUAAAAAGGACGAAAAUGGAUUGGGUAUCACCAUAGCAGGUUAUGUGUGUGAAAAAGAGGAAUUGUCCGGGAUUUUUGUAAAAUCAGUGACCCCGGGUAGUGCGGCUGCUCUAAGUGGUAAAGUGCGCGUUAAUGACCGCAUAGUGGCAGUUGAUGGCGUCUCACUCGCGGGUAAAUCAAAUCAAAGGGCAGUGGACGCUCUCAAGCAGAGUGGGAACAUUGUCACCCUAGAACUUGAGAGAUAUCUUCGUGGUCCGAAAUUCGAGCAACUCCAGCAGGCAAUAGCGGCGGGUGAAAGCGCAGCGGCUGGAAUGACGAAUGUCAGCAAUCCCUUCUUGCACAUGCAUCGCGCUGAUAACUCUGAUUCCAGCGAACACCACAUACAGAUGACACACCUUAAUACCACUUCAGAGACCAGUGUCGACGAUGUGAGUGAAAGCGGUCGUAGCUCUGUAUCGACGAUACAGCGACCGCAGCCGGCUUUUGAGAUGCCGCGGACGCAGGAGCAAAAGGACGCCAUUAAGAGGAAGUGGCAGGCCAUACUUGGCGAUGACGUUGAGAUAGUGGUAGGUGUGGUGGUCCGUGGUGGUGGAGGCCUGGGUAUCUCCCUGGAGGGCACUGUGGAUGUGGAAGGUGGUAGAGAGGUCCGACCCCAUCACUAUGUCCGGUCUGUCUUGCCCGAAGGACCAGUGGGGCGUGCACGUGUGCAUAGACCCGGAGAUGAGUUACUUGAGGUGAACGGCCACAGACUGUUAGGCAUGAAUCACCUGGAAGUCGUAUCUAUUCUCAAGGAGUUGUCAAGUGAGGUCUGCAUGGUUUGCGCAAGACCUAGACCUACGCCAGCCAUAGACCUGACUCCACCUGCACCUACACUUGUUAAGGCAAAGUCAGAUGGAAGUCUGGCCGGCGCAGGCGCAGGUGUCGAAGAUGGUAACACAGGAAAGGUUCGUUCGCGCAGUCUGGAACCACUAACAGGCCUGGCUAUGUGGUCUUCAGAGCCACAGAUUAUUGAGUUAGUAAAAGGCGAGCGUGGUUUAGGUUUCUCGAUCCUAGACUAUCAGGACCCGCUGCGUCCUGCGCAUACGUUGGUCGUUAUUCGCUCCUUGGUGCCGGGGGGCGUGGCUCAACAAGAUGGAAGACUUAUACCCGGGGAUAGAUUACUAUUUGUUAAUGAUCAGAAUUUGGAAAACGCAAGUCUAGAGCAGGCAGUAGCGGCUCUGAAGGGCGCACCAAGGGGCGUGGUCCGCAUCGGAGUGGCUAAGCCUUUGCCAUUGGCUGAUCACCCACCACCGCCACCCACCACACCUCCGCCAUCGGCUUAA